UCCGACAUCAGAACUUCCCCAAACGUUCUAGCAAGUCAUAGUUACUCUCAACAUGAACUCCUACUUUGUGAUCGCUUUGAGUGCUGUCUUUGUGGCUCUGGCCUUUGCCUCGCCCAUCGAACUGAACGAGGACCAGAAGGCAUUGGCCAAGCAGCAUGGUGAGCAGUGCGCAGCCGAGCUGAAAUUGACCGAGGAGGAGAAGGCCAAGGUCAAGAACAAGGACUUCAAGGACCCCACCGAGAACAUCAAGUGCUUCGCCAACUGCUUCUUCGAGAAGGUGGGCACCCUGAAGGACGGUGAGCUGCAGGAGUCCGUUGUCCUGGAGAAACUGGGCGCCUUCCUCGGCGAGGAGAAGACCAAGGCCGCUCUGGAAAAGUGCAGAUCCGUCAAGGGCGAGAACAAGUGCGAAACCGCCGUCAAGUUGCACGCCUGCUUCGAGACCUUCAAGCCCACCGAGGUUAAGGCUUAAAAGGAUGUGCAGGAGUUAAAGUUUGGCAAAUUGUGAUUCAUUUUAAAAUAUUCAAUGAAAAUUAAUUUAUACAUUUAUAUGCUAGAUUCAAAUAUAUGCUUUGUCAAAUUUAA